AUGCGCGGAAUCAGCCGCACGUCCAACGCCAUGGCGCCUCUGGGCCGCCGCUGUACCUUUCACCGCACGGUCCCAGUGGGUAUGCCCCGUCGCCGUGACUUUUUCACGUCGAAUCUUCGGCUUCACUCCGACGAGGGCGACAGCGAGGGCGGGGGCAGGAAAUCGGCGGCAGUUGGCAACGACAGGAGAGAAAGCAAAGAAGACAAGACCGCACGAAGCGCACAAAGUGUCAAAGCGACGACGCCUUCGGCGGUAGCCUUGCAAGCAGCUAAGAGAAAGCCGCGGUCGGCCGGCGCCAAGAACUCGCUGCGCCGCGUCGCCGUGAUUGCUCAACAGCAGCCCAGCGGCGCGUCGGCGGCUCCCAAGGGCAUCCGCUCUGACGAGACACGGGCGGUCGUGGACAGAGAUACAAAGGCGGACGAGGCUGUCGCUUCUCGUGUGUCGAAACCACCGGAAGAACCGGAGGAUGGCAGCAACACCAUCAGUGCGGUCUGUCUGGCGGAGUCGUUUGAUAUGGGAAAGGUCAUGUCCAUUCUCGAACACCAGGGCUACCAGAUUGACCCGGACGGCAGUGGCUUUGAGUCGCACGAGGUGGUGCACGCACGCCAGUGGUGGCCGACCGCGGAAGACGGCCACGAAGAGGAGUGGCGGCAGGUCGACUUGUUCGUGUUUGAGUCCGGUACUCUUGUUGGCUGGGGCCUGGCGGCCGACGCGGUGGACGCUCUGGCCACGGCGCAUCUGGUGGCGGCUGCAGCCGACCCCUUUGUGGCACUGCGCGAGACGGAGACGCUCGAUUUCCGGCGCGAUGCUGCGCGUGACAAUAGCGCCAUGCGCGGCGACGUUGUCGUGCUGGGCACCCGUCAUGAAGCGACCGAGGGUGACCGGCUGGCGACGACGCGUGCGCAGAUUGCCUUUUCGUCGGGGCUGGCACGUAGCACGAAGCUGGCGGUGCUGGAGCGGUCGUUUACCGAGUACUUUGAGUCGACGCGGCGCAUCCCGGAGAUCCUGGCCGGCCGCAAGAGCGGCGGACGCGAUGGCGGCGGUCUGGGCCAUAUCUCGCAAAAGUUCAUCUUGCAAAAGACGGGCGAGCUGCUGAGCCUGCGUGCCCAGCUUAACCACUACCGCGAGCUGACGGACGCGCUGCCAGACAUCUUCUGGGAUGCACGCGCCGAGCUGGGUCUGGAGGGCUACUACGAGCAAGUGGGCCGGGCACUGGAUGUCGGUGUGCGCAUCAAGACGCUGAACCAGAAGAUGGACUAUGCGCAGGAGAUUGCCACGGUGCUGCGGGAGAUCUCGAGCGAGCGCCACGGCACACGCCUGGAGUGGAUCAUCAUUGUGCUGAUCGCUGUCGAGGUCGUCUUCGAGCUGCGGCGCGUGUAUCUCGACCUGAAGGAGGGAGGUGAGGAGAAAAAGGAGGCAAUGAAAUGA